UUUCAAUCCCCACUUCACCAUUCGUACAGUGGAAGAUUUAUCUAGGGUUGUAGGGGAAUCUGGAUCAGCAUCCAUCAAUCUAUCGGUCUCCAAUGUCCAAAAUGCUGUUCAGGUUAGGUUUACUGGUCUUUUUGUUGUUGUUGAACUCAGUUCCGUCGCGAUCAGCGGUAUCCAGUAUUGAUCUGGGUUCUGAAUGGAUAAAAGUUGCUGUGGUGAAUCUAAAACCGGGUCAGGCUCCCAUAUCAAUCGCCAUUAAUGAAAUGUCAAAACGGAAAUCCCCAGCUCUAGUGGCUUUUCACGGUGAUGAUCGUCUCAUUGGGGAAGAGGCGGCGGGGCUUGUUGCGCGGUAUCCGGAUAAGGUUUAUUCUCAUGUUCGUGAUUUAAUUGGAAAGCCUUUUGCUCAUGCCAAGAAGUUUCUCGAUUCCUUGUAUCUGCCUUUCAAUGUGGUGGAAGAUUCCAGAGGCGCCGUUGGGAUCAGAAUUGAUGAUGGCGUUACUGUGUAUUCAGCGGAGGAAUUGACUGCCAUGAUUUUGGGGUAUGCCAUGAAAUUGGCGGAGUUUCACAGCAAGGUGCCGGUGAAGGAUGCUGUGAUUACAGUGCCUCCGUAUUUUGGGCAGGCGGAGCGGAAGGGUUUGCUUCAGGCGGCGCAAUUGGCUGGAUUGAAUGCACUCUCUCUUGUUAACGAGCAUUCAGGUGCAGCACUUCAGUAUGGGAUCGAUAAGGAUUUUUCCAACGGGUCGAGGCAUGUUAUUUUCUAUGAUAUGGGAUCUAGUAGUACUUAUGCUGCUCUUGUUUACUUCUCGGCUUAUAAUACCAAGGAGUAUGGCAAGACCGUUUCUGCCAAUCAAUUCCAGGUCAAAGAUGUUAGAUGGGAUCCGGAGCUUGGUGGUCAAAAUUUAGAAUUACGGUUGGUGGAGUACUUUGCAGAUGAGUUCAACAAACAGGUUGGGAAUGGGGUUGAUGUCAGGAAGUCCCCGAAGGCAAUGGCCAAAUUGAAGAAGCAGGUUAAGCGUACCAAAGAAAUUCUUAGUGCAAAUACUGCAGCACCAAUUUCAGUUGAAUCACUUCUUGAUGACCGUGAUUUUAGGAGCACAAUAACUCGUCAGAAGUUCGAAGAGAUGUGUGAAGACUUGUGGGAAAGAUCUAUUAUCCCGGUGAAAGAGUUGCUUAAGCACUCAGGUUUGAAGGCUGAUGAGAUAUAUGCCUUCGAGUUGAUUGGAGGUGGCACUCGAGUACCAAAGUUGCAGGCUAAGCUUCAAGAAUCACUUGGGAGGAGUGAUGUUGACAGACAUCUAGAUGCGGAUGAGGCCACAGUUCUAGGUGCAUCAUUACAUGCUGCAAAUCUGAGUGAUGGAAUCAAAUUGAAUCGUAAGCUUGGUAUGAUUGAUGGUUCGAUGUAUGGGUUCACCAUGGAUCUAGAUGGUCCUGAACUUGUAAAAGACGAGAGCACCACACAGUUACUUGUGCCAAGGUUGAAAAAGUUACCAAUCAAGAUGUUCCGAUCGAUCACUCACAACAAGGAUUUUGAAGUUUCACUUUCAUAUGAGAAUGAAGACCUGUUGCCACCUGGUGUUACUUCACGUACAUUUGCAAAGUAUGCGGUCUCUGGUCUGACUGAUGCUAGUGAAAAGUACAUGUUGCGCAACCUCUCGUCCCCUGUCAAAGCCAGUCUUCAUUUCUCUCUUAGUAGAAGUGGCAUAAUUUCUUUGGAUCGAGCAGAUGCUGUUAUUGAAAUUUCUGAGUGGGUAGAAGUUCCGAAAAAGAAUCUGACUGUGGAGAAUGCUUCUGCUCCCCCGAACUUAACUGUUGAAGCCGAUUCUGCGAAUGCUACAGAAGCCAGUGAUGUCCCCAAUCCAGAUGACUUGAGUACCAACUUGGUGAACUCCACCACAAAUGACCAAAACACUGCUGAUCUUGGUACAGAAAAGAAAUUAAAGAAGCGGACUUUCAGAGUUACUCUAAAGAUCUCUGAGAAGACUGUGGGAUCGGGAGUACCUCUCUCAGAGGAAUCUCUUGCUGAAGGUAUAGACAGAUUGGAUGCACUAGACGCAAAGGAUGCAGAAAGGAGGAGGACUGCAGAGUUGAAAAAUGAUCUGGAGGGCUACAUAUAUGCGACUAGAGAAAAGCUUGAUUAUCUGGAUGAAUUGCAAAAAGUUUCUUCUAGUGAGCAACGCCAGUCGUUUGUUGAAAAGCUUGACGAGGUGCAAGACUGGUUGUACACUGAUGGUGAAGAUGCUUCAGCGACUCAAUUUCAAGAACGCUUGGAUCUAUUGAAAGCUAUUGGUGAUCCUAUUUUUUUCAGAUACAAGGAGCUUACAGCAAGGCCAGAAGCGUUGCAAAGUGCUAGACAGUAUUUCAGCGAGCUGAAAGAGGUUGUUAGUGGGUGGGAGUCAAAAAAACCAUGGCUUCCAAAAGAUAAAAUUGAUCAGGUGCUACGUGAGGCUGAAAAUUUCAAGAAGUGGUUGAAUGAUAAGGAGGCUGAGCAACAGAAGAUAUCAGCAUCCAUCACCCCGGCAUUUACUUCUCAAGAAAUUAUAAGCAAGCUACUCGAUCUUCAAGACAAGGUUGCAAGCACAAAUAGAAUCCCAAAGCCAAAACCAAAAAUUGAGAAACCAAGCGUGAAGAAUGAAACAGAGGAAGCAAAAGGCUCGAGUUCCUCAAACGAUGAGAGUAGAAAAGAAGAGACCGUUGAGGAGGAUGCCAAACACGAUGAGCUGUGAUUUAACCGACUAACAUACAAAAACGAGCAGUGAGCUUUGUGGUUUAUAGGAAACAUGGAUAGGCACGGGGUAGGAGAGAGGUAGUUAAGGUACUAAUAUUAGUAAUUAAUAUAUGAUUGAAGACCAUUUUUUUGAGUACUUCCAUUCCAUUAAAAUUGUUCCAUUCCCACCAGUUUUGUACCCUCAAGAUUUUCUUUUUCUUUGUUUCUGAUUAUGUAUAAUACUUACUAUUAUAUACUACCCUUCAUUUCAUUGAUGC